AUGGUGAGCCUCACAGGCUCAGUAACUGAUAUCACACUAGCCUUUAUACAGGAGAGUCUACAAAGGUUGGAAGAAGGAGCAGCCGCAAUCGAAAAAGCUACACAGAAAGUUGAAAGCGCACUAAACGAUUUUGCCAUUAAACUCCAAGAAAUACACCCAGAUCUGCCAAACGUCGAAACGGCAUUCGAGGAAUCCGUGGCCGACUCAGAACAAGCAAUAGCUAACGCUUUCGAGUAUGUCACAAUCCUCCACGCUCGCAUAAAGGGCUUUAAGGCGUACAUCGAGCGCUCCCAAGAUGACACAACAACGAACAAGUGGAACGACGCAUCAUCAAUGCAAACUGCAAUCAUAAAGAACCUCGAGCUACCCACAAUCCUCAUUCCAGCCUUCAACGGCGAUACAUGGGAGUGGGACAACUUUUGGGAGUUCUUUAAUACAAAUAUACAUUCACAAAAGGCCUCAGACCUACAAAAAUUUAAUUUCCUCAUUAGCUCAUUAAAAGGAGAACCCCUUCAAGCCAUAAAGAAAUUCCAAAUCAGCAAGGAAAACUACCAAAAAGCUAUAGAUUUUCUGAUUAAGAAGUAUGGAAACCCUGAAGAACUCAUUCUUCAACUUUUCGACAAACUGGACAAAACUGCUCCUCGCUCAUACGCUUUGUAUGAGCAAAGAACACUACUGGACCAUAUACAAGCGAUAAUACUCCAACUAAUCGAAAAAGGAGAAAAUGUAAACAAUCAAUGCAUGUACAAGAAAGUACUAUCGAAAUUUCCUAUCGAAACGCAACGUAAAGUACUUUCGAAGAAAACGACAACUGAGGAACUCUUCGACAUGCAACUACUUCUACAAUUCCUAGAAGAGAUAAUCUCCAAUGAGGAAUUGAUCUCACGCUAUACCACAAAUGGCCGAUCAAUUCCAACCACUAAAACCAACUUUGAUAGCAAAGCAAAACAAUGGAAACCCCAAUAUUCAAUGCUUUCAUGCAUGUAUUGCAAGGGUAACCAUAAAUCGCUCUACUGCGACAAGUAUAGAACACCUCAAGAAAGGUCGCAGUACCUCCAAAAGAAUGGGUUAUGCUAUAUUUGUGCAUCCUCCUCCCACAACACAUUUCAAUGCAGCAAGCCAUCGUGUUACAGGUGCCAAAAACGGCACCAUACAUCGUGCUGCUUCUAUUCACAAAAAGAAAAACCUCUCACACUAUCCCCGAAGAGAGAAGAGAUUAAAAAAGAUGUAAAAGAUAACAAAGAAAAACUGAAAGAUAGGAAAUCCACAACAAAAAUAAAUCAAGUCGGACAAGGAGCAGCUACCGAAGAGGAAACAUCAACCCUAUUAAACAAAACACUACAGUCAACCUUCUUACCUACAGGAGAAAUGACUGUAAUAGACCCAACAACCAAACGGCUAAAGAAGAUCUCCGUAUUGUUGGACACUGGAGCAGAAUUAUCGUUCAUAGACGAAAAACUCGCUCAAGAACUUCGUCUGCUUACAAUAGGGAAAACAAAAUUACGAUUACAUACAUUCGGAUCAGACGAGAUAAAAGAAAAUAUAUCAAGGAAGGUUCCAUUAGAAGUAUGGGACGCAGAUGGGCACCAGGUCUCACUGUUCCUGUUCACACACGACGGAAUAACAAAACCAUUCAAACCGGCACCAAUCUGCCCAGAAGAUGUAAACUUCAUUCGAAAGCACAAUCUUCAAAUUGAAGUCAACAAAAAUCAAUCUAAAAUCAAACCAUCUAUCCUGUUAGGCUGUGACUAA